AUGUCGAUCUGCGGGUACCACUCCCCGCGCUUCUCCGAGGAUAUUGCUUGGCUCCCCCAAUGGCUUCAACCGUAUGGCACGCCGACGGUUGGCGACCACCGGAAUACCACUACCGCCGCUUCGUCGCCUUCUUGUCAGAAUUGUGCGUUUGUCGGACGCCCUUCGCAGGAUCGUCAGGAUUGUCAGAAUGCCACUGGUGGUUAUAGCGGCUUCAUCUUGCACUUGUCAGGAGAUGAGGACACGGUUGCAAGUUCACCAGUCAGCAGCAAUGUACUACCUUUCUCUUUGCGUCUGUCUUCAGAAAGUGCUGCACAACCCUCCCUUGCUGAAGGCAAUGGUAAUCCUCAGAUGCCAAACUCUGGUACAUGCACAGGUCCAUCCGAGGGCCUUUGUGCAGAUGGUCAAGAACAAGAGGUCAAUGCUGUCUGCCAGAAUCAGUUUGAGGCUAACAAUCCUCAAUCUGAUAUGCUGACAGUGACAGAAGUGGCUUGCAAGGAGAUCAGUAAACAACUUGAUACAAACAGACAUAAAAGACAUGAUGUCUAUGGUGGAAAGGUUGAUGUUCGAAAACUCUGUAAUGCUGAUGUAAAUGAUGCGAUUGAACUAUCAAUUGCUGCAUCUGAGGCCAUGGUUAUUGCAGAGAUGAUACUUGAUUCUCAGUCUGAUAAAUCGGCUGCAGCUGCUAUAGAAGCUGCUCUACAUGUGAAAGAAGCCCGGAAACAAUUUUACUUUGAGGAGCCAGAACAUGCUUGUGGAUCCUCAGAAGAUGGUCUUGAUGAGACUGGUUGGCUUGCAGAAUUGGAUGAGUCUGAAAUGGUUGAUGUAUACCAAGAUGUUGACACACACAUCUUAUUGGAUUCUUCUUCUGAGAGGCAAAAUAAAAAAUGGAAUAGCCAAAAUGCUGAUAGUGAUGACCAUGUAUCUGAUUCGUUCCCAAAUAAUCAGUCAGCGGGUGUGCUACCAAAUGGACCAACUCCGUGCUCUGAUUCUGGAAAGCAAGCAGAUCUAUGUAAAACAGUUUCAUGCUCAAGAAAUAAGAAAACUGCCCUCCAGGCAUCAACUCUAAACAAUGCUGCUUUGCAUGGAACCUUGGGAGCUCUAGCAGCAUACCAAAAUAUUCAUAAGGAAGUUGCAGGAGGUGCAAACAGAGUGAAGGCCAAAAUAUUCAUAAGGAAUGUUGGUAUAAAGAAGCAUGUAAAAGGUUUGUUUGAGGAAGAAAAUAGCUACAUUUCUGAGUCAAUUAGCAUGGAUAAGUGCUGUCCUACUUCUAGAGCAUCAUCCAUGGAAAUUGUCGCCUCUUCAAGGGCAUCUGUUUAUUACAAAGCUGAAGGUUUCCUUGAAGAAAAUCAUCGUGCAGAAACUGAAGAGUUGUGUUGCCAAAUAGUAUGUUCGAGCUUGUCACAGGUGGAUCCUUUAUGUUCCGCUGUUCCGUGUAGCAUAUCUUGCGAUGAAGGUCCGAGUAGCCAGGCUCCUGUGUGCAAACAGAGUGAAGGCCAUGAAGGUCCGAGUAGCCAGGCUUUUUUGUGCAAAAAGAGUGAAUGCAAUGAAGGUCCCACAUGUCUGACACCUGAACACGGACAUAGUAAAGGAGAGGAGAAAGAAUUUAUGCAUACCAAAGAAUUUCCUAUGAUGCAAUACCUGGAUGGUGAUGCUGGUCCAUCUUGUGUGCCUUUAGUUAAGCCAGCAGAUUUUAAUAUUUCAUUCAGGCGAAGAAAAUACAGUUCACUAAGGCCUUUUAGCACAAUAGCAACUAAGUCAAACGUAUUGGGAAGUACUUCAAAUUGUAAUGCUGAUGUUUCAGUUUGUCAGCUAGAGAGAUUCACACCCAUUAUUCUAAAUAAGAAUGUACAGCGUGUGCAAGCUGCUAAGGAAUUCAUAGAAAAUAGUGCUGGAGCUGAAAAUUUGCAAGAUUUCUCUGCAGUUCAGAAGCAGACAUAUUAUCCUCAGGAUGACAGUGAGGAUCAAAUCAAGGAGCUACAGGUUCCACAGGAUGUGUUUCUAUCAACAGAGAAUUUGGUUGGUAAACAGCACCUUAAAAGAAAAAGGGUCCAAUUUUCAGAAGCAAAGCGUAGUAGCAGAAGAACCAAGAGCAAUAGAAGGAUCCUGACUAAAUCAAGAUUCAGUCUAUCAGAUAGCAGAACAGGAGAGACGCUUGAGGCCAGAGAGUACACUGAUAAUAAAGAAGCCACAUUUCAAGGAGUAGAGUUUCUGUUGACUGGCUUUCCUAAUCAGAAGGAAAAAGAAAUUGAGUCCCUAAUACGAAAAUCUGGUGGCUAUGUACUUUCUAAAGUGCCACCCUUCCCACUUGAUAAAAGAAAGAACAUGGCUGAGUUUCCAAGCUGGAAGCCUCCCAUAGUACUUUCCCCUAAAAAGGUGUCAACAGCUAAGUUCUUAUAUGGCUGUGCUAUCGAUGCCUGGAUAUUGAAUCCCAAUUGGCUCUUCGAUUCUCUUCAAGCCGGUGUCAUGCUGCCACCUGGAAAGUAUUUAAUUCGACAAAGGAAUGCCUGGAAGCAUAAUUCGUCAUUUGACCGCCCACUUCACCCAAAAUGUAAUACAUUGAUAUUUGAUGGAGUAGGAUUCUUGAUCCACGGCAAAAUCAGCUUCUGUUCAAAAUUUUCCAACAUUGUCAAGCAUGGAGGUGGCCAAGUUUUUAUAUCUCUUCAUGGAUUAGUUCAAAGCUUGAAGGAUGGAAGUACAUCGCAUGGAAUCAUUCUUGUUGCAAGCGCAGCUAGUGCGUCUUGUCAUCUAAGCUAUUGCGGUUUGGAGCAUGACAUAAAGACAGCGACAGCAAGCUGGAUCAUAGGUAGUUUAUUUUCUGGUAAACUGAUUCCAUUGAAGAAAGAUCGCUGUGCUUCAUUUCACCGAAUCAAGAUGCCAUCGUUCCAACAAAAGCAACAUGUAUUUGACAUGAGUCAAGAGAUAUGA